AUCAUAAAUGAGGGCCCUUUCGAUAUAUUCAAGAAUAACAGUGGCUUUUUUCUCAUUGGAAUGGAUACCUAUAGAUUCACGUCUCGGGGUUUCAGUUCCUGGGCAACAAUAAAUCUUCAGUUCCGCGGUUCAGCGCAGAGCCUGCCCCAGACAAACUUCAUUGGACGGUUUUGCCCCUCCCCCAAAACCUCCUCUCUCUGCUCCUGCUAAAAAAAACCAGCAUAAUAAUAAGGCCUCUCUCAGGGAAACCAUGUGAAAUUUCAACAACAUUCAAUUGAGAGACAAAGAAACCCAGUGGAAGAAAGAAACAGAGAACACCUUUGGAAGACUUGAUAAGGUCUUUGAUGUUCUACUCAAGGGAGAGAAAUGAAAAGAGACUGAAAAAUUCAGAUGAUUCAUAGAACUUGCAAUACUACAUAGGCACACAUUUAUUAGUCAUGUCUUGGAUCAGUUCUUCAUCUUGUUCCAGUCCUUUUUAUUCAGAGACCCCACCUUCCUCAAGCCUUUUGGCUACUCUCUACUGGUUAAGAUUCAUUUUUCUCUCUCCAUGCCCACAAUUCUCUCUAGUCUCCUCCGUAAAUCUCAUUUUCCUAAUAACCGUUUUCGGUUUUGCUCUUAAAAGGCUCUUUUCAAGAAGAACCCGUUUGCCACCUUCCACCAUUAAAGCUGAAAGCACCAAUACAAAGACCAGUUUUGUAUUCAAACUGAGCUUGGGUUUAACUUUCUUGCUUGGCCUUGUUUAUUUGGUUUUCUCUAUCUCGCUUUUUUCCUCAAAAAACAUUGACAAUUCAUGGAAAUUUAAGCAGGGAGCUCUCUGCUUGUUCCUUUCGAUCUCUUAUCUAGUGUUUUCGAUUGUUAUAGCUCAUGAGAAGAGGUUCAGGGCAACUGUUCAUCCUCUUUUGAUACGGCUUUGGUGGGGCUUGAGCUUUUUGCUGUCUAUUUUGCUCUCAAUCUCUGGAAUCAUCAGAUUCAGCAGCAAAAACCUGGACCAUAGUCCUGAACUAUGGCUUGGAGAUAUAUUGACUUUCAUAUCUCUCCUAGUUAAUGCUUUUCUCUUUCUGGUAGCCAUCAAAGGCUCCACAGGCAUAAUCCUAAUCACCUUAAAUGAAAAAUCAGAAGAAGAAAAACUAAGAGAACCUCUUUUAUCGGAGGCUCAUUGUAGGGGCACUCAGGCCAUUCAAACUACUCCUUAUCACACAGCAGGGUUUCUUUCUAGAGCUACAUGGACAUGGAUGAAUGAUUUGAUAAGGAAGGGCUAUAAAUCUCCAUUAAAGCUUGAAGAUGUACCAGCACUAGCUCCAGCUGAUAAGGCAGAGGCCAUGUGUGAGCGAUUUGUAUUGAAUUGGCCAGGAACUGAAUCAAAACACCCAGUUAGGACUACUUUACUCAAAUGCUUCUGGCCCAACCUCUCUUUCACUGCUGUGUUAGCCAUAUUGCGCCUUUGCGUAAUGUAUGUUGGCCCUGUUCUCAUCCAAAGUUUCGUGGAUUUCACUUCGGGGAAGAGAAGCUCUCUCUAUGAAGGCUAUAUAUUGGUUUUGAUCUUGUUGGUUGCUAAAUCUGUUGAGGUUAUUUGUUCUCAUCAGUAUAAUUUCCAGUGCCAAAAGCUGGGAAUGCUUAUACGGUCCACUCUCAUAACCUCUCUUUAUCAGAAAGGCCUACGCCUCUCUUGCUCUGCUCGCCAAGACCAUGGAAUAGGCCAGAUUGUGAAUUACAUGGCUGUUGAUGCUCAACAACUCUCUGAUAUGAUGCUUCAGCUCCAUUACAUAUGGCUGAUGCCUCUUCAAAUAGGGGCCGCACUGGCACUCCUUUAUGCAUUCUUGGGGCCAGCUGUUGGAGUUGGUUUUCUUGGCGUGGUGGUGGUCAUGGUGUUUAUUCUGAUGGGGACCAAGAGAAACAACAGGUACCAGUUCAGUGUGAUGAAGAUGAAGGACCUCAGGUUAAAGGCAGUGAAUGAGAUGCUUAAUUACAUGAGGGUGAUCAAGUUUCAAGCAUGGGAGAACCAUUUCUCCAAGAGGAUAAAUGAUUUGAGAGAUUCUGAAUUCUCUUGGGUCAGCAAGUUCUUCUACUCAAUUUCUGGCAAUGUUGUGGUGCUUUGGGCCACCCCAUCUCUGAUUUCAGCCUUGACAUUCUGGGCAUGCAUUCUUUUUGGUGUAGAACUCACCCCUGGAAGAGUUUUCACUGCAACUUCUUUCUUCAAGAUAUUGCAAGAUCCUAUAAGGAACUUUCCACAAGCCUUAAUAUCACUUUCUCAAGCCAUGGUUUCUUUGGAAAGGCUGGAUAAGUAUAUGAUAAGUAAGGAACUAGAGAGAGAUGGGGUUGAGAGAGUGGCUUAUGGUGAAGAGAUAGCUGUUGAAGUGAAGGAUGGAGAGUUUUCAUGGGAUGAUGGAGUGAAGGAGGGGGUGAUUAAGGGGAUAAAUAUGGAGAUUAAGAGGGGUUGUUUAGCUGCUAUUGUGGGGACUGUUGGGUCUGGGAAGACCUCCUUGUUGUCUUGCAUUUUAGGAGAGACACCAAAGCUUUCUGGGAAGGUAAGAGUGAGUGGUAGCACUGCAUAUGUGGCCCAAACUGCAUGGAUACAAAAUGGUACCAUCCAAGACAACAUACUAUUUGGUUUGCCCAAGGAUACUGAGAGGUACAAGGAGGUGUUAAGGGUUUGUUGCUUAGAGAAAGACUUGGAGAGCAUGGAAUUUGGAGACCAAACAGAGAUUGGUGAGCGUGGGAUAAACCUCAGUGGAGGCCAAAAGCAGAGAAUUCAGCUUGCCAGAGCUGUCUACCAUGAUUCUGAUAUCUACCUCCUUGAUGACAUCUUCAGUGCAGUUGAUGCCCACACCGGUUCUGAGAUCUUCAAGGAAUGUGUACGAGGGAUUCUCAAAGAGAAGACAAUCUUACUGGUCACUCAUCAAGUUGACUUCCUACAUGGUGCCGAUCUCAUUAUGGUCAUGCGUGAUGGUAGGAUCAUGCAAUCAGGGAAGUAUGAUGAGCUUCUCCAGUCCGGAACCGACUUCCAAGCCUUAGUUGCUGCCCAUGACACAGCCAUGGAGCUCGUAGAGUCAAGCUCAUCUUCACAUAAUCCUCCCAACUCUCCUCACCCUUCUCCAAGAGAAACACCCUCUCCAAAGAGCCCAAACACUAAACCAAAGGUUUUGGAGAACGGGUCAGUGAAUGGAGAAGCUCAUGAGAAUGAAUCAAUGAAUGGAGAGACUCAUGAGGAAAAGAAGUCAAAUAACCGAACCGCCAAGCUCAUAGAGGAAGAGCAAAGAGAGACUGGACAUGUUAGCUGGAAUGUGUACAAGCUUUAUCUAACUGAGGCCUAUGGGUGGUGGGGGCCAUUGUUUUUGGUUGCCUGCCAAAUUUUGUAUCAAUUGGCAAUGAUGGGUGGUGACUACUGGCUUGCAUUUGAGACAUCAGGGACUGGUUCAAGUUCAUUCAAUGCCAAAAUUUUUAUUGGGGUGUACAUUGGGCUUGCUAUGGUUGCAUUUGUGUUCAUGGCGCUUAGGAUUUUUGGUUUAGCUGCCAUAUUUCUCAAGACUGCACAGAUCUUCUUCAACCAGAUACUCAAUAGCAUACUGCAUGCCCCUAUGUCCUUCUUUGACACAACCCCAUCAGGCCGGAUCCUUAGCCGGGCUUCUACUGAUCAAACAAAUGUGGACCUCUUUCUACCAUUCUUCUUUGGGAUGGCGCUUAGUACAUUGUUGGGAGUUUUGAGCAUCAUAGUAGUUACAUGCCAGGUCGCAUGGCCAACGAUUUUUGUCAUACUUCCAUUAGCUUGGUUAAACAUCUGGUGCAGGGGCUAUUAUCUAGCCACCUCACGAGAGCUUACUCGGCUUGACUCCAUAACGAAGGCGCCAGUCAUUCACCACUUUUCUGAGAGUGUGGCUGGGUUUGUGACAAUCCGAUGCUUUAAGAAGGAAGCUGAAUUUGUGCGCAUUAAUUAUGAUCGUGUUAAUGCUAACUUACGUAUGGAUUUUCACAACAAUGCGUCGAAUGAAUGGCUCGGAUCACGCCUUGAGAUGAUCGGAAGCUUCAUCUUCUGCUUCUCUGCACUCGUCAUGGUCUUGCUUCCUUCCAAUGUUAUCAAACCAGAGUAUGUGGGGCUCUCUCUGUCAUAUGGUCUCUCUCUAAAUACUGCACUAUUCUGGACAAUAUGGGUGAGCUGCUUUCUCGAGAACAGAAUGGUAUCAGUGGAGAGGAUAAAGCAAUACAGCAACAUAGAGUCUGAGGCACCCUGGAAAAUAAAGGACUCUCUUCCAUCACCGCAAUGGCCCAUACAUGGAAAUAUGGAUAUCAUAGACUUGCAGGUUCGGUAUCGGCCAAGCACACCAUUGGUUUUGAAAGGUAUCAGUCUUAGUAUCAAUGGAGGAGAGAAGAUUGGUGUGGUUGGGCGGACUGGGAGUGGGAAAUCCACAUUGAUCCAGGUGUUAUUUAGGAUUGUGGAGCCAUCAGGAGGUAAGAUUGUAGUCGACAAUGUUGAUAUAAGCACACUGGGCCUCCAUGAUCUUCGCACUCAAUUCGGAAUCAUACCUCAAGAGCCAGUCCUGUUCGAGGGCACUGUGAGAAGCAACAUCGACCCCAUAGGGUGUUAUACUGAUGAGGAAAUUUGGAAGAGCUUGGAGAGAUGCCAACUGAAAGAGGUCGUUGCUGCAAAACCCGAUAAACUUGACACUUCUGUGGUUGAUAGUGGUGAAAAUUGGAGCGUGGGACAGAGGCAACUUCUUUGUUUAGGGCGUGUCAUGCUAAAGAAAAGCCGAAUUCUGUUUCUUGAUGAGGCAACUGCUUCUGUCGACUCACAAACAGAUGGGAUCAUUCAAAGAAUUAUUAGAGAAGAUUUCGCAAAGUGUACCAUCAUCAGCAUUGCUCAUAGAAUACCCACUGUCAUGGACUGCAAUAGGGUCUUAGUUAUUGAUGCGGGUUUGGCCAAGGAAUUUGAUAAGCCAUCUCACCUGUUAGAACGACGCUCGCUAUUUGCAGCACUGGUUCAAGAGUAUGCAAACCGUUCAUCCAAUCUAUAGACAGUUCGUAUUACCAUAUGGUAUUGGUUAUGGUGCAAGUUGGUUCAACCUCUUUCCAACCUCAAGUUUUGACAUGAAUUUCAAUGAAAUCGGUUGACAGUUAUAAAAACCAGAUAUUGAUUUUAGUUAUAGAAACUAGAUAUUGAGUUUUCUUUCUUGUAUAUUAAAAGAUAUUACAAAAAAAGAAUUGUAACUAUGCAAAUAUCUGGUAAACCAGAGAGAGUAAUCUCUAUGAAUGAGAUACUGGUUUACCCUCUGUGGACUUAGGUACUAUUGCCGAAGCUUAUAGUAUGUGCCUUGUUGAUUAUUCUUCUCUCUCUUUCGUCUGUAUUUCUUUUAUUGCAAAUUUUAUAUGGUAUCAGAACAGAUGUCUUUAGAGAUGUAUGUAAAUAUCUUGUAAAUCAGAGUAAUCCCUAUGCUCAUAGUAUGUGUCUUGUUGAUU